AUGGCUCAAGAACCCCAAAACCCAGCUGAUCAAGUGCUCACAACCACCUCUGAAGCUCCCGUCAAACAACCACCACCACCCGCCGAAGAAGUUGUUGCUGCCACCGCUGCCACCACUGACAAGGACGUUACUCCGGUUGCUGAAGAUCCCGAGAAGCCGGCUGAAGCUGUGGCGGAGACUGCUAAGCCUGCUGAUGAAACUGUCGCUGAUAACAAAAUUUCUCAAUCGGUUUCUUUCAAGGAAGAAACUAACGUGGUUUCUGAACUUCCUGAUCUUCAGAAAAAAGCACUCGAUGAACUCAAACAGCUUAUUCAGGAAGCACUUAACAAACACGAGUUCACCGCUCCUCCUGCUAAGCCGGUAACACCUGAAGUAAUCGCGCAAGAAGAGAAAAAACCAGAAGAAGAAGAGGAGAAAACCGAAGAGAAAAAGGAACAAGUAACAGAAGAGAAGAAGGAAGAAACAGUAGUAGUUGGAGAAGAAAAAGCUUCUGCUUCCGAGGAACCUAAAACCGAACCUGAAGCACCUGAAGCACCUGAAGCCAAGAAAGUCGAGGAGACUGUGGUGGAAGUUGUUGAGAAAAUAGCUUCGAGCACUGAAGAAGACGGUGCGAAAACGGUUGAAGCUAUUCAGGAAAGCAUAGUAUCUGUUGCGGUUACGAACGGUGAUGGUGAACAGCCUGUUGCUGUUGAUGUGGAGGUUCCUCCCUCUACACCAGAAGAAGUUGAAAUAUGGGGAAUUCCCUUGCUAGCUGAUGAAAGAAGUGAUGUGAUUCUUCUCAAGUUCCUUCGAGCCAGGGAUUUCAAGGUGAAGGAAGCUUUCACAAUGAUCAAACAAACUGUUCUUUGGAGAAAGGAAUUUGGAAUUGAAGCACUUCUUCAAGAAGAUCUUGGAACUGAUUGGGACAAAGUUGUUUUCACGGAUGGUUAUGACAAAGAAGGUCACCCGGUUUACUACAAUGUUUUUGGAGAGUUUGAGAACAAGGAAUUGUAUCAAAAGAGUUUCUCUGAUGAUGAGAAGAGAAACAAGUUUAUCCGUUGGAGGAUUCAGUCUUUGGAGAAAAGUGUUAGAAAGCUCGACUUUGCUCCAUCUGGUAUCGCUACUAUUGUUCAAAUUAAUGAUCUUAAAAAUUCUCCUGGAUUCGUUAAGAAGGAACUUAGACAAGCUACUAAUCAGGCACUUCAAUUGCUUCAGGAUAACUAUCCCGAAUUUGUUGCCAAACAGAUUUUUAUCAAUGUUCCUUGGUGGUACCUUGCCUUUUCUAGGAUGAUUAGUCCUUUCCUGACACAGAGGACCAAGAGCAAAUUUGUAUUUGCUGGCUCCUCCAAAUCUGCUGAUACCCUUUUCAAAUAUAUAGCUCCUCAGCAAGUGCCAGUUCAAUAUGGAGGACUUAGCAGAGAGGGUGAACAGGAAUUCACCACUGCUGACCCUGCUACAGAGGUUAUUAUCAAACCAGCAACAAAACAUGCUGUUGAGUUCCCAAUUUCUGAGAAAAGCACCUUGGUAUGGGAAAUCAGAGUGGUGGACUGGAAUGUGAGCUAUGGAGCAGAAUUUGUGCCUAGUGCUGAAGAUGGAUACACAGUGAUAGUACAGAAAAACAGGAAAAUCUCGCCAGCUGAUGAAACAGUAAUCAACAACACCUUCAAAAUCGGUGAACCUGGCAAAGUUGUACUCACCAUUGAUAACCAAACAUCAAAGAAAAAGAAGCUUCUUUACAGGUCCAAGACCAUACCCAUCUCUGAGUAA